AGGCAUUUAAUAUUUUUAUCAUAAAUUUAUGUAAUCUUUAAAAUUAAUUAUAGUAGAAGUUUUCUGCACUUACAAUGCUUAAACCCUUUUGAAAAUCUUGAUCUUUCGUUGAGUUUUGGUUUGUGUAUAUAUAUAUUUGGAGUGGUACUAGUUUUGUUAAAUCUCGAGUUGAGCGAGAAUCGAAACUGUGAUGGGAAGUAAGUUUUCGAAAUACAGGCGAAAUCGAAGUGGUCGUGGAGGAUCAUCGGCCGGAAAUAUUAAUGGCGCUUCACGAGCAGGGAAUGUCGAUCGUUUUCGGUAUUAUACGCCACAGCAUCGCCAUGCACCGGCACGGCAGCAUUUUAGUCCCCUGACACCGCAGCAUCACCGCGCGGCUUCGCCUUAUAGUUCUCAGUCGUCGUGUUCGGGACAACAGAGGAAUUUGGAUAAUAAGUAUUCGAGGAUCGCAGAUAAUUAUCAGACAUUCGAACAGGUUACCGCUGCCUUGACUGAUGCUGGAUUAGAGUCGUCGAAUCUAAUUGUUGGCAUUGAUUUUACCAAGAGCAAUGAGUGGACAGGUACCAGGUCAUUCAAUCGGCAGAGCUUGCACCAUAUAGGAGACGUUCAGAACCCUUAUGAACAAGCAAUAUCUAUAAUUGGAAAGACGUUAUCUGCUUUUGACGAGGAUAAUCAGAUUCCAUGUUUUGGAUUUGGGGAUGCAUCUACACAUGAUCAAGACGUCUUCAGUUUCUAUCCGAAUCAAGCUUACUGCAAUGGAUUUGAAGAGGUGUUGAGACGAUACAGAGAAAUAAUUCCUCACCUUAAGCUCUCAGGACCGACAUCUUUUGCGCCUAUAAUUGAAAUGGCCAUGACUAUUGUUGAAGAAAGCUGUGGCCAGUAUCAUGUACUGCUGAUAAUUGCUGAUGGGCAGGUGACAAGGAGCAUUGACACUCAUGAAGGCCAGUUGAGCCCGCAAGAGAAGCAGACUAUUGAUGCUAUCGUGAGAGCCAGUUCAUAUCCUUUGUCAAUUAUAUUGGUUGGGGUUGGAGAUGGUCCUUGGGACACAAUGAGGGUGUUUGAUGAUAAUAUCCCUGCUAGAGCCUUUGAUAAUUUUCAGUUUGUGAAUUUCACGGAGAUUAUGUCGAAAAAUUUGAGUUACCAAAGAAGAAAGACCGAAUUUGCUCUUGCAGCAUUGAUGGAAAUACCUUCUCAAUAUAAAGCAACUCUGGAGCUCAACAUAUUGGGACGUCAGAUGGGCGACGAUCCUAAUAGGAUUCCACUUCCUCCGCCUCUUUAUGGUACCACGUCUUUCAUUAGUGGCUUGAAACCUUUCCCUUCAAGAAGCUUUAACCAGAACACACCCAUUCAUCCGAUGCCCAAUAUUGUCUCUGCACAACCACCCGCAUCUUCAAGUUCUGUUGAUGAUCAUCUGUUAUGUGCCAUUUGUCUUGUUAAUCCGAAAAACAUGGCUUUUGGUUGCGGGCAUCAGACAUGCUGUGAGUGUGGCGUUGGUCUUCAGUCAUGUCCAAUCUGCCGUAGCCAAAUUAAAACCAGAAUCAAGCUCUUCUCAUAGGCUUUCUUAACUGCAGUUAUCUAGUUCUAGUCUUCUGUUUUUUCAUUCUUUUGGAUGGAAGAUUCAUCUUGAAUCUUGAUACUGAGUAUAUCUAUAUCAAUCACCACCAAUGUACUUAUUCUUUC